ACCGUGCUUGAGCAGUCCCCGGCUAUUGAUGUGGUGGCCAUUGGAUUAAUUAGUGGUCAAAUAUUCUUACAUAAUAUUCGGCUUGAUGAAACAAUAUGCAAGUUUCGUCACGAAAGCUCAAUCACAGCGAUAGGAUUCAGAACUGGUGAAGAACCUUUCAUGACCAGCGCUGAUAUCACCGGAGAAAUGGUGGUGUGGAAUUUGGAAAAACGCCAGAUGAUUGGCAAAAUCUCGAAUGCGCAUCGUGCUGCGGUUACCGAAUUGUAUUUUAUGCCUGGUGAACCGGUUAUGGUUUCUGUAUCCGCUGACAACUCCAUUCGUACCUGGGUUCUAGACGGUGUAGACGGAAUGCCCCGUCAGUUGGUGAUCCUUGAAGGACACGCAAAUGCUGUCACUGCUAUUUACUUCAACGGAAAACAGGAGGUACAUCAACAAAGUAUGAUUAUUUAUCUACCGCUGCAGGUCAUCUCUUCUGGCCUUGAUGGCUCCGUUCGCAAGUACAUGGUCAAUGUUGAGACUAUGAGACAGAAAUUGGGAAGUGCGGGAACUAUCUCCAGGGCCUUGGCAAAAAAGAGGCAUAUCCUAUUAAAAGCAAUUGAAGUGGAACCAGUAAUCGACAUGGCAAUCGGCUGGAGUAGAGAAGCCGCUUGGGACAAUGUUCUAUGCAGACAUAAGGAUUCCCUUCUUGUGACGACUUGGACUACAAGAAAAAAUUCUUUGGGAACACAUAAGGUUGGUGCAGGUGAUGAAGUUUUGGUGUGGUCUGGAUUAGUGCAUGAGCGAUUUUCCAAGAAUACCGCGCUACUCAAAGCCAUAGCCACUGCUAUCUCACUUUCACCUUGUGGCAACUUUGCUUUCAUAGGAUAUUCUACAGGCCAUAUUGAUCAGUUCAAUGUGCAAAGUGGUCGCUUUCUGAAAACAUUCGUCAGUCCCGUGAAAGAUGAUUCACAGUUCCAAGGGAACGAAAAAUCUGAAGUGAGCUCUUCAUUUGUCGUUAUUUCACUUCUCGUGGCGCUACCCAACUUUCAUAGUUGUCCUCCGCAUCACACUGAUUCUAACACACUCUGAAG